AUGGUACGCGUAUGGAAGAGUAUAUCUCUAUUACCAGUGUGGCUAUUGCUACUAACACAUACAUUUGCUGCAUUACUAGCUGUGGAUUAUGGUCAACAAUUUAUAAAAGCUAUGGUGGUUUCACCACAGGCUCCCUUAGAAAUGGUUCUUACACCUGAAGCUAAAAGAAAAGAAGUCUCGGGUAUGGCAUUUAAAAAAUUAUCUAAGAAACCUACUGAUUUAGAAAGGUUUUAUGGUUCAGCUGUUGGGUCUUUAGCCACUAGAUUCCCUGGAUCUACUAUGUUACAUUUGAAACCAUUGCUUGGUAGAAGUAUUGAUGAUCUAGAGGUCGUUGAAUACCAAAAAGAACAUCCUGGUCUAGAAUUUGUUUCUACUGGUAGAAAAACUGUAGCUAUUAAAAUUGAUAAUGUUGAGUAUCCAAUUGAAGAACUUGUAGGCAUGAAUUUACAAGAGAUUACUGCAAGAGCUAACAAGCAUAUUAAGGAGAAUGAUAAAAGAUCCAAGGAUUACGUUGAAAAAUUGGCUCUCUCUAUCCCAGCUUAUUGGGAUCAAUACCAACGUACUGCUUUGAUGGAUGCAGGUAUGUUUGUCGAUGAUUUAACAGGUUUGACUCUGAUCAAUGACGGUUUAACCAUUGCUAUUAAUUUUGCGGUUAAGAAAAAUGACUUUGAAUUAGAUCAACCACAUCACUACGUCAUUUAUGAUAUGGGUAGUGGUUCAAUCAAAGCCUCUCUUGUAACUAUCACUCAACAUGCUGAAAAGAAUGUCCCAAUUAGAGUUGAAUUACAAGGUUAUGGUUUUAACUCUACUUUAGGUGGUUCUCAAUUAACUAUGCGUGUAGCAAACAUAAUUAAGACAAAAUUCUUAGAAAAAAAUCCUAAAGUUAUGGAAGAAGAUCUAGAUGCAGAUGCUAAAGCAAUGGCUAAAAUUAUUCAAGCCGCUGAAAAGGCUAAACUUGUACUAAGUGCUAACAGUGAUUCAUCUGUCAGUAUUGAAUCAUUACUUCCUGAUAUUGAUUUUAGAACUGUUAUCACUAGAGAAGAUUUUGAGGCUACUAUGGAAGAUGAUAUUAAUAGCUUCAAUUUACCUAUUUUGAAUGCUAUCGAAAAACAAUUUCAAAUUAAUGGUGAAGAGCGUAUUACCUUGGAUGAUAUCACUGGUAUUAUCUUAGCUGGUGGUUCUUCCCGUGUUCCAUUUGUUCAAAAAUCAUUAGCCGAUGUUGUUGGUCCAGAAAAGCUUUUAAAGACUGUGAAUGCAGAUGAAUCUGUUGUUAACGGUCUUUCUCUUAGAGGUACUCAACUGUUUGAGUUGUUUAAGACAAGACCAUUUAAUGUUACCGACCGUUCGGUUUUCAAUUUUACAUUGUCCCCACAUGAUGAAGAAUUAAAUGAUAUUCAAAUUUUUGAAGCAGGUUCCAGUUACCCAAAUAAGAAGGGUUUGUUGAUCCCAGUUCAAGAUGCCUCAAAGACUAGUGAAUAUUCGAUUUAUGAAAAUGAUAAGAUAAUUAAGAAUAUUACAAUUGAAGGUAUUGAAAAUUUCACAAUGUCUGAAUGUCCAUAUGGUUCAGUGUAUAACAUGACUUACGCAUUAACUCAAGUUAGAACUUUGAAUUUUGAUACUAUUGAUUGUUUUUGUAUUAAGGAUGCUAAGGAAGCCCUUGCUGUAAAGAAAGAAAUCCUUGGGGUAAAUUUCAUUGAAGAGAUUGAUGAAGACGACGAAUUUGAAUCGUUUGAUAGUGAAGAAGCUGACAAUUUACACUUUGAUGUUGAUGCUAAGAAGGAAGCUGGUUUAAUGAUUAAUCCAAAGGCGCAUAGUUAUGACGAUUACGUUACACCAAUGUCUAGUGAAGAGAGAAUGCAAUGUACAAACCGUAUUCAAAUGUUAGACGAAAAUGAUAAAAGAAGGUUACAAUUACAAGAAGCUAAGAAUCUUCUUGAAAGUAGUCUAUAUGACAUCAGAAAUUUCCUCUCUGAAGAAGAAUCGUUAAUAGAUGGUCCAACAAAACAAAUUGAAAAAUUGUCUCAAUUAGUCACUGAAUAUUUAGAAUGGGUUGAAUAUGAAGCUGAUACUGCAACUAAGAGUGAAAUUAAUAAGAGAAGGAAACAAAUCACAAUGAUGAAAGAUAACAUCGAAGAAUAUCUAAAGACAGCUGGUGAACCUCUUGGAUACGAACAACUUCAAAAUAUGUUAGAUACUGCAAAUGCUCUUUGGAAAAAAAUUGAAAAUAAUGCAGACAAUCUUGAAGAAAAAUUAGCUGAGCUAGACUCUAAAGUAAACAAGAAGAUUCUAGAUGUAAGGAAAGAAUAUAAUCAAAUAAAGGUACCAACAUACUUGGCCAAAACUAUUCGUGAUUAUAAUACUACUAUUAACAUUUUCGAGGAGAGUAUCGCUAAUAUGACUUCAUUUGUUGAAAAGAAGAUCUUCGAAAGCAUGGACCGUGAACAAUUGUAUGGAGUUAAGACUAUGUUUGAAAAUUUGAUCAAAGCGGCGCAAGACAAAUUCACUGCAUUAGAGACUGUACAAACUCAACGUCUAGCAGAUCUAAAGGCUACAUACCAACGUAAAAUUAGAGCAUUGAAGAGAAAGGAAAAGAAAAAACAACAAGCUGAAAGCUCGAAGAGUGCGGCAUCGGAGAAAUCAGAAUCAACAGUCAAUGAUAACGAGUCUUCUAGUAUGAACAAAUCAUCGGAAACUAAUGAUGUCCAUGAUGAAUUAUGA